ACUCCUUGAAAAACCCUCAAAACUGUAUAUCUCUAAACACACACUCACCAUUUCCGUGCGGCGGCGGCAAAUAUACUCUGUUCUUUGAAAUUUAUUAGAAACAGUUUUCAUGGCGCCGAAGAAGGAGAAGGCUCCCCCACCGUCAUCCAAGCCCGCAAAAUCCGGCGGUGGAAAGCAGAAAAAGAAGAAGUGGAGCAAGGGAAAGCAAAAGGAGAAGGUCAACAACAUGGUGUUAUUCGAUAAGGCAACGUACGACAAGCUUCUUUCUGAAGCUCCGAAAUUCAAGCUCAUCACUCCAUCCAUCUUGUCUGACAGAUUAAGGAUCAAUGGCUCCUUGGCACGUAAGGCAAUCAAGGAUUUGAUGGCUAGAGGCGCAAUCAGGAUGGUAUCCACUCACGCUAGCCAGCAGAUCUACACCAGGGCUACCAAUACUUGAGAUAUUAGCAGUUCUCAAGACAUUAUGCUUCUAAGUUUUUUGUUCAAUGAAAUAUUGAGAUAUUUUAUCUUCUUUUUCGUGCGAUACUUCUUGCUCUCUUUAAUGUAUGACCCCAUGCCAUAUUCAGGUACACUUUUGCUCUUCUGUGUUCAA